UAUCAACAAUUUGUAAAAUUAGACUCCAUCAACGCAUUCUAAAGAUAAAAUUUAUACAAACGUUUUUUCAAUAUUUACCAGUGGUCAUCUUUAAUCUAUUGAAUUCUUUGUGGUUGUCUCAGUUUAUAAUCAUUAUGCCACAUACCAUCUUAUUGAUUCAGCCUAAUCGCCAAGAAAGUCGGACAUAUGCAGAUUAUGAAGAACUUGAAGAUUGUAUGGAAGGUGUAUGUAAAAUUUAUGAAGAGCAUUUAAAAAGAUCCAAUCCUGACAGUCCUUCCAUUACUUAUGACAUAAGUCAACUGUUUGACUUUAUUGACUCAUUGCAAGACGUUGUUUGUCUUUGUUUGGACAUAAAAAGUGGAAAUUAUGAACCACAUGAUAAAGAAUGGGUGAAGGAACAAAUAUAUUCAAUGUUAAGGAAACAGGCGGGAAAGAAUUGAUUUUCUGUCAUUGCAUUGAAGAUUUCGUUGUGUUAUGUGGGAAAAACGUUUGAUCAUAGUAAUAACAAUAGAAACAAUUUGUUUAUUCAUUAAAGUAGUACUUGCAUGAAACUUACUGUGUACAAAAUGUUUAUGAUUUUGAUGGUCUCCCUUUAAGAAAGUAAAAUGUACAUAAUGCAUUUGGGGGAGUUUUUUUUUAUUUUUUACUUUGUGUUUAAUGUGUUAUAAAUAGCAAUGUUAAAUGUAGAGUUUGUUAUUUGAUGUAUUUUUUCCAGAUAAAUAUUUUGGAACAUUGGAGAGUAUGCUA